UUGCUCGAUGCCCUGAUGAUUCUGCUCGACGACGACUCGUCGAAACUCUUGCCAUCGACACAGCCAACGCUUCGUUUUCCAGAGCCUGCCGCUGGCCGUUCAUCAUUAUCCCUUCCCGAUUACGAAACCUCACAGGCUCAGCAGCGCCCAGCCACACACCUCCGCAAUCCCUCCAAACUUCCAUUCCCUAGUCACUUUGACUCUCGCUCCCGUUUCUGGCGUGCAAUAUUUUUCGCUCUCGCUAUUUAUGUCUUCCUUACUGUCGUUAUUGGCAUCCCGCUCAUAGUCACAAAAAUCAUUCUUCCGAAAAAGCAAGCCCCUCCAAAUCUGCAGAAUUUGUUUCUGGAAGACAGCGACGCGGCCGGCCCCUUCCUCUUUGGCUCAGACAACAUGGUCAUGGCUGCUUCAUCGAUACAAUGUGAUGCCUGGGAUUCGACGGGAUUCAGCAAUGGGCUCUUCACUGCUUCUGUGCGACGCAGUCUGAGUCCGACUGGGCUGUUCUCAGUCCGUUCCAAUGCGACGGACGAGGUUCUACCUCGGGCUGGUGGUAGUCACAAUUUGACGGUUGCUGUCAAUGCUGAUGCCUCCGAGACGCAUGUCCUGAUGGACUUGACUCUCUCAGCGUCCAGCUUGCAACUCCGAAAGGCGGCGCAUUUUUGUUUUUCGCCAACAGGUACUAACAGGGGCUAUUCAAUCUACAUGCCCCAAAAUAUACCUCUCUCGGACUAUCUGGCGUUUGACAUCCGCGUACUGUUCCCCCAAUCUUCCCAACUCCUCACGCCCACGGAUAUGAUUACCUACCUUCCCAUGUUCCACCAGGUCAUAGGGCCUCUCAGUCCCCACGUCAGGAUAGCCAACAUUAACAUAGCAGGCGCUGGUGUCGAUAUUGAUUGCGAUAAUCUCCAAGCAGAUAAAAUUGCUGUGAAGACCUCUUUCGCGGCAAUAAAGGGAACGUUCAGUGUAUCCCAAUCCCUGGCGUUGGACAACAUUGAAGGUCCCAUCUACACGAAUGUGACGCUCGUCAAUGAUCCAACGUCUGGGCUGGCCACCUAUAUCAAGGCUGACACUGGUAAUAGUGAUUUGAAUGUCAAUAUUACCAUGGCCAGCACGUCUAGCGGGCGGACUCCGCAUUACAAUAGCAACUUACGAACGUUCAACGGUUCGUUGGCCGUAACGAUGACACACGAAAAUUCGACGCCGCCAGCAGUAGUACAACUCCAGGUCACGAAUAAUCAGGCCCCCACCAAAAUCUCGCUCGACUCGAGAUUUUCGGGGGCAUACGACCUGCGUUCAAAGUUGGCGGCGGUACGGAUCAAACAUCCACACAUGCCCUCAGACUGGCAUGUUUAUACCGACACCAAUUCGACCUCGACAGUGCGGGGUUGGGCUGGAUGGGGCAUGCGGCCUACUGAUCCAAAUCCGAGUUCGGAUGGAAAGGUGACUGCUGUCUCCUCACUGAGUCCCAUAGUGCUCCAGUUAGGAACUUGA